AUGCCAAAAGAUCGGUCUUUGCACACCGUGAAUAGCAAUACGGAUCCUCUUAAGCGAGUUUUCAGCGUAGACGACGAUAUUCAUGAGAUUGAACACGAUAUCAGGUAUUUGGAAGGACUCCAAGAAGGCUUGAAAUAUGCUGUGUCCAAUAAGAAAUCUUCGAGCAAUGUCGACACACCGCCUCCUGCUGCAACUAGACCUACAUCUGUGAGACGUAAAAACUCGAGCAUGUCCGUGGCUGAAGAUGAGGAUCAGUCUGAGAACUCAGACCAAGGUAGUAAUCAUCAUGCCAACAUGCUUCGAGAUGAAGAGGACCGGGCAUCCGUGUCAUCAUUCGAGUCUUACACAUUGAGGCAUCGACAGGAUGCUAUCAAUGAGACCCAUCCGUUCGGAAUCAGAAUCUGGAAACCGGCUUUAUACAAAAAGAAGAGAUCUGUACAGCAAGCUGCUAACGAGGAUAUUCACGAAACUAAAUACAAGCAAAUAUCUUGGAAAGUCCAUUUGGCCAAUAACAUGUGGGCACUAACUUUGGGUUUGUUUUUUCUUAUUUUUAUGAGCAUUGCAGGUUUACUUGUAUGUGUUUUGGGUGCGUUCACGCCUGCGAGCAUGGAGUACGCUAUCGUGCUUUUUAGGCUUGGCCGUUAUUUGUUUUGGCCCUUUGGCAAAAUCGUGUUAAUGGUCAGUGACCAGCAGUAUUUACAUGAAGACCAGAAUGAAGGUAUUUCUGCCCAGCAAUUCUACGGAUGGGUUACCAACUAUCGUAACCGUCUAUAUUUUCAUAGGCCUUCCCAAAGUGGCGAGGAAUCAUAUGGAUCUACAGAAAGGAGAAAUUCUGUUGGUGAUAGACAAAGACGGUUAUUCGGGAGGGGUGAAUGGUCCUUUGGCCGCUUUGGGUUUUACCUUGUGUUUUACGUUUUUGUUCAGCCUGUGGUGCUUCUAUUAGCAUUUUUGACUUGGUUGGCUGUCUUCACUAUUCCAAUGAGUAACAUUUUAUGGGAUCUCAUGUAUCACUGCCGCAGACAUCCUUUAGCUUUGGAAGUUAAACUUUUGACUCACAGCGUUAAUGGUAUCAAGGACAAGAACGUGUUACUAUGCACUUUCCGCAGUGCGGGAUCACACUACUAUAAAUAUACAGUUGAUGGAACAAACGUGAUAGUUAUGAAUUUGGGAGCGGUCGUUGCCUUCACCAUAAUACAAUUCUAUGUUUUCCAGGGACAUCUCUAUCCAAUCGACGAGUCGAUCAUAUUUUGCUUGUGCCUACUUUCUAUCAUUCCGCUGGCAUUUUAUAUCGGGCAAGCAGUAGCAUCGAUUUCAGCACAAACUUCGAUGGGGGUUGGUGCUGCGAUAAAUGCAUUUUUUUCAACAAUUGUUGAGAUUUUCCUGUACUGCGUAGCUCUACAACAAGAUAAAGGUUUGUUAGUCGAGGGUUCUAUGAUCGGAUCGAUUCUGGGUGCCGUUUUACUUUUGCCUGGAUUGAGUAUGUGUGGUGGUGCAUUUAAGAGGAAGACUCAAAGGUACAACCCCGCGAGCGCAGGCGUUUCGUCGGCCAUGUUGAUAUUUUCCAUGAUGGUUAUGUUUGUCCCUUCGAUUAUCUUUCAAAUUUACGGCGGCUACUUAGUAGAUUGCCCGGCAGAAACGCAGGAACAAUCUAGAUGCUAUUUCCGCCAACCCCCCUUGAAAUUUGAUGGCCUGUAUCUACAUGUUAUUAAACCAAUGUCCAUAUUUUGUGCACUGAUCCUCUUCAUGGCAUAUGCAAUUGGACUGUGGUUUACUUUGCGCACCCAUGCUGCAGCUAUUUGGCAGCUUCCUGAAAAACCACCACAAGCACCCAACAACGGUAGCCAAUUGGGAUUCAUUCCCGAGGAAGAGGAACCCGAUGGUGGACACGAUGGUCCGAACUGGUCGCGUUCUAAAUCAACCUGUAUUUUACUAGGCGCCACUUUUCUUUAUGCGAUCAUUGCCGAGAUCUUAGUGGACUGUGUGGAUAACGUCUUGAAGCAAUUCCCUUCACUGGAUCCUAAAUUUCUAGGAUUAACCGUCUUUGCCCUGGUUCCAAAUUCGACAGAAUUUUUGAAUGCCAUAUCAUUUGCCAUACAUGGAAAUGUGGCACUGUCGAUGGAAAUUGGUAGUGCAUACGCGCUUCAGGUUUGUCUGCUACAGAUUCCAGCCUUGGUAGUUUUCUCGAUUUUGUACACUUUGAACGUGCCAACCGACACUAUCGUCAUCAGAGACCAAAUGUUUUCGCUAGUGUUCCCGCGCUGGGACUUACUGGCCUGUAUGGUGAGUGUUUUCUUGUUCACGUAUCUGUAUGCGGAGGGAAAAUCCAAUUAUUUCAAAGGUUCGAUUUUGAUACUACUUUACAGUGUAAUUAUCCUGGGUUUUUAUUAUCAAGGCGCCAUUGAUAAUAACAGUUGGGACAAUUGA